AUGAAAGAAAAAUUUAAAAACCGAACAAAACUCACUUCACUAUUUCAUGCAAAACAAGCGCCUCAUACUCGUGCCCUUGAAGCCAGCUACGAAAUCUCCUUGCUUAUAGCAAAACAUGGAAAGAAUCACACUAUUGGAGAGCAACUGAUUAAACCUGCUAUCUCAAUAUUCUUAAAAACUGUAUUACAAAAAGAUGGAGAUAUCAGGACUAUGCCACUCAGUAAUAACACUGUCUCGAACAGAAUAGAUGAAAUGGGGCAAGAUGUUGAAAGCCAGCUCAUUGAGAAAUUAAAAUUGCGUAAGUUUUCAUUACAAAUGGACGAAUCCACAAUCCGGGACAGUGAGGCUCUGUUAUUGACUUAUGUGAGGUAUAUUGACCACGAGGAGUUUCAGGAAGAGAUGCUGUUCUGCGAAUCGUUUGAAACCACCACAACUGCAAAUGAUAUUUACAUCAAAAUCAAACAUUAUUUGGAUGCAAACAAAAUACCAAAGGAGAACUUACUGGCAUGUGCGGCAGACGGUGCACCUGCCAUGAUGGGCAAGAAUACGGGAUGCUUAAAAAUGAUGAAGGAUGAAAAUCCAAACAUGUUGACUGUCCAUUGUGUAAUACACCGAGAAAACUUGGUUGCCAAGAAAUUGUCCCCUGUUCUUAACAAGAUUCUUCAAAGUGUGAUCAAGUGUGUCAACAGCAUUAAAAGAAAUUCUAAAUCUGAACGUCUUUUUAAGCAGUUUUGUAUAAAUCAAAGUGCCGAACAUGUUCGAUUAUUGCUUCAUACAGAAGUAAGAUGGCUAUCAAGUGGAAACUGCUUAAAGAGGUUCAUGGAAUUAUUUGAUCAGAUUAACGACUUUCUUAGUGAUAAAUGUGAAAUGAAAUUGCUGUCAACAACGGAUGGAAAAGCAUUUGUCAGUUAUUUGACAGACAUAUUUGAGAAACUUGAAUAA